UGUGGGAGUGUGCUGGACCCCACAGCAGCAGAGUUUGAGGAUGAGUGAUAAUCAGUGUGAGCAUGUGGCUGGAUCAUUAAUGGGGACGUUUACAUGUGUUUGCUUGAUCUAAACGAUGUAUGUGGACAGUGACUUGUGGACAGUGUUCGCUCACCUCUAAUCUUCAAAAAAGUCUGACACAGUGUAAGAUGUAUGUGGACAGUGACAUGUGGACAGUGUUCGCUCACCUCUAAUCUUCCUCAGUCCAGACAUGAAGGCAAACAUGUCCAGAGCGGCGCUCCUGUGCUUGGCACUGUUAAUCCUUUCACACACAGCCGGAGGCCAGAGGAGGAGGAAGUUCGAAAACAACUCGAACAACCUGACAACGAAGGAUGGGAACGUGCUGCUCUGUCCGCUGGAGAUAGUCUUCAUCCUGGACAGCUCGGAGAGUGCCAUGGACGUCCAAUUCGAUAAAGAGAAGGACUUUGUGAGCUCCUUCAGCCGGCAGGUCGUGAAGAUGCAGGUAUCCGGCUGGCACCUGCAGACGAGGCUGGCCGCCAUGCAGUACAGCAGCUCUGUGUCUGUCAUCCAGAGCUUUAACGGCUGGCAGGACCUGCCCACCUUCCUGGCACGAAUCAAUGCUGUGGACUACAUCGGCCAGGGCACGUACUCCUCCUACGCCAUCGGGAACGCCACCGAACUCUUCGUCCGAGAGACCAAAGAGGAAAACGUGAGGGUGGCUCUUCUGAUGAUGGACGGAGCAGACCAUCCCCGAAGCCCUGACAUCAUGGCGGCUGCCUCCGAGGCCAAGAGCCACAACAUCAAGCUCUUCACUAUCGGCCUGUCCAACAUGGUCCGGGGCAGCCACGGCAGCACCAGGAUGAGGGCCGUCGCCAGCUCCCCCGCACACCAGUUCGUCCACAGCCUCUAUGACCCGGACCUGGAAGAGCGACUCCUGCAGGAACUGGAAAAAGUGGCCAAUAAUGAAUGUCCGCGACUCAAAGUGUGCUUGUGUGAGAAAGGAGACAGAGGACCUCCUGGAAGCCCUGGUAAAAAAGGAGAACCAGGUUACGAAGGACUUCCCGGUCCAAAAGGUGCAAGGGGAGAAAUGGGGGCUCCGGGCCGAGCAGGAGUGGAGGGUCCUGAGGGACGGCCUGGGUUCAAAGGAGAUAAGGGUGACAGGGGAGAGUGUGGAGCUCCUGGAGAGAAAGGAGAUAAGGGACUUCAAGGACCUCUAGGACCACGAGGACCCAGAGGAGAACAGGGCCCCCAAGGUCUUCCAGGGGACCAAGGACCCGAGGGCCAGGAAGGUCCCAAAGGAGAUCGUGGACUUAUUGGUGCAACUGGACCACAAGGGGACACUGGCAUUGGAUUUCCUGGGCCUAAGGGGGACAAAGGAAACCAGGGACGACCAGGUCCUGUGGGUCCAGCUGGAGUCGGGGAACCAGGCCUGCUUGGACCACCAGGGCCCCCAGGACUUCAGGGGAUCCCUGGACCUGUAGGGGAGGGACUACCUGGACCAAAGGGGGAUCGGGGCUAUAGUGGUUCCACAGGAGCUCGGGGUCCUCCAGGUUAUGGCUCCAAGGGUGACAAGGGUACUAUAGGGCCUCCAGGGCCUCCUGGUCCAAUUGGAGCUACUGGGUUGGGGAUACAAGGAGAAAAGGGAAACCAGGGACCUGCAGGUCCUCCGGGACCCAGAGGGAUACCAGGGACAGGAAUCAUUGGAGAGAAGGGAGUCCGCGGCUUUCCCGGAGACCCAGGACCAACCGGAGAGAAAGGUGUUGGAGAGCCAGGUCCCAAGGGAGACCCAGGCUCCCAAGGUGUACCAGGUGAGCCAGGUGCUCCAGGAGAAGAUGGACCCAUGGGAUCAAAGGGUGAAUUGGGCUUUCCUGGCCCUAAAGGACAAGAGGGACCACCUGGGAAAGGACUUUCUGGAGAGAAGGGGGAUCGAGGAGAGAGAGGAACUAGAGGACUUCCAGGACCCAAGGGACCAGCGGGUCCAGUUGGGGCCAAGGGAAAGCCGGGGGGGUUUGGGCCUCCAGGAAUGAUUGGUGCCCCAGGGAGGGGUAUACCAGGGCCAAAGGGGGAUCCUGGACAACCUGGAGCUCCAGGACCUGUUGGAGAAACAGGGAUAGGGAUCCCUGGACCGAAGGGUGAAAGAGGACUGCCUGGACCUAUAGGAGCACCUGGGAUGAAGGGAGACGGCUACCCCGGGCCACCUGGACCCCCGGGACAGCCAGGACUGACGGGAGAGAUGGGGCCAGAGGGGAGAGGCCUGCCUGGACCAAAGGGAGAUCGAGGCCCUGCAGGUCCUCUUGGGCCAGUUGGACCGCCAAGUAUUGGACGGUUAGGCCCGAAGGGUUCUACUGGUCAGACUGGCCCACCUGGUCCUGCAGGGCUGCCAGGAGAGGGCAUCCAGGGACCGAAGGGGGAUCCUGGAUUCCCAGGAAUACAAGGACCUAGAGGACCUCCAGGGGAGGGCAUUCCUGGACAGAAGGGGGACCGCGGGUUCGCAGGAGAGAGAGGACGGAAGGGAGAUAAAGGAGGACAGGGAGACUCGGGAGAGUCCGGGCCUGUGGGUAGACCGGGGCAGAAGGGGGAGCCUGGUAUCACAAGGGAGGAAGUUAUCAAAUUAAUCAAAUCAAUUUGUGGUUGUGGAACGACGUGUCGAGUGAGCCCCCUGGAUCUGGUCUUUGUGAUCGACAGUUCUGAGAGCGUGGGUCCGGACAACUUCGACAUCAUCAAAGACUUUGUGAACGCCCUGAUCGACCGACUGACGGUCGGACCGAACAUGACCCGCGUCGGGGUGGUGCUCUACAGUGACAUAACCGUGGUGGUCAGCAGCUUGAACCAGCAGACCAGUCGUGACGAGCUGAAAGCGGCGGUGCGCCGCAUGACCUAUAUUGGAGAGGGAACCAACACGGGAACUGCCAUCGAUAAGGCCAAUCAGCUGUUCCGCUCGGCCCGCCCCGGGGUCAGGAGAGCGGCAGUGGUGAUAACGGACGGCCAGGUAAACAAGCGAGACGUGAUCAGGCUGGAGGAUCCUGUGCAGACCGCCCACUCGGAGGGCAUCGAGAUGUUUGUCAUUGGGGUGGUCAAUCAGAGCAACCAGUUCUACAGAGAAUUCAAGACAGAGCUGGACACCAUAGCGUCUGAUCCGGAUGAAGAACACGUCUUUCUUAUCAAUGACUUUAGGACACUUCCUGCGCUGGAGAAGAAGCUGUUGUCUAAGCUGUGUGAGAACUUUGAAGAGGAUCGGUUUGCUGGGACCAAUAUUAUCCCUGGAGCUUCUGAGAGCUUCUCUUAUGAUGGGGAAUCUUGGAGAAGACCAGGGCGUCCAACGUUUAAUGAAGACCUCAGUCGAUCACGCACAGAGUCAGCAGAUCCAGAGGAGCUGGAAGUGUUCCCAAAUUAUGAUCCCAGACCAGAGGAAGAAGAAGACCGCACCAGAGCGCCGUACUACCGAGAGGAGACACUAAACAGGAUGGAUGAUCUGUUGCGCUUCACAUACGGCCCAAAUCUAGAGCAACCAACACAGGGUCCGAUCCGGCAGACCACCCCUCAACCACCUCUUGUACUGGUUCAGGAUGAUUACAUUCAAGCGGAGGCCUGUCUGCAGCCGCUGGACCCCGGUCCGUGUCUGGAUUAUGUAGUGAAGUGGUUUUACGAACCCAAGGCCAAUUCUUGCGCCCAGUUCUGGUUUGGUGGUUGUCUUGGCAACGGGAACAAGUUUGAAACACAGCAGAGCUGCAGAAACACCUGCGUUAUAAGUUAAAUCAUCUCAGUGUUACUCAUAGUUAAUAAAAAGACAGAUGUAUCAUAAAGUUUAUAGAUUUAUAUUCCAAAAAAACUAUUUAAAAACUCAAA